AAAAUAUUAAACCUACAUACAAAAUGUUUAUGUCAUUAAUAAUUUAUACAAAGAGAAAAAUACAUGUAUACUCGGUUUUGGAAUAUGUAUUUACAUGUCGAACUGGAUCGCAGUUGGAUGAAUAUAAUACCUACUGAUUAUGAUAAUCACGCGCCUCCACUUGUUGAUGGUAAACCUGUUACUGUUUAUAUCAAUUUGGAAGUCCUGGAUGUGGAUGAAAUACGAGAGCAGACAAUGGACUUUCGUAUGUUCUUCUAUUUGAAUGCGUACUGGACAGAUCCUAGAUUGAAACUUGAAGUUCUUAAUUUAACACUGUCAAAAAUACUUCCUCCUUCCGCAGAUGACACUCUGUGGGUUCCGGAUUUGAUGUUUGACAACACUAAAUGGGGUCAUCUUUUCCAACAUUCCAUUCCGAAUACUUUCAUUUUAAUAACUAAGGAUCGCAUUCUUCGAAAAACCGCAAGAUAUAGCUUUCGUGUGGCAUGCCCUAUGGAUUUACAUCGUUAUCCUCUUGAUGUUCAAGAUUGCGUAUUUAAAAUUGGUUUGUUAAAAAAUACAGCGGAAAAGGUACUCCUGGAAUGGUGUGAUGUUGACGAUAGUCCAUGUAAUUACAGUUAUCUGUAUGCGAAAUUUAUAUUCAUUCGGCGAUUAACUGGUAGUGUACUCAACGUUUAUUUGCCAAGUACUGUAGUAGUAAUUCUGUCCUGGCUAUCAUUCUGGUUAGAUGUGAAUGCAGUUCCCGCUCGUGUUACACUCGGUGUUACCUCACUUCUUACCAUCAUCACUCAAAUGCUGCAGUCUAGAUCGUACACUCCGCCAGUGGACUAUGUAAAAGCUGUGGAUAUUUGGCUGCUCGCAUGUAUGUUUUUCGUCACAGCUUCGUUGAUAGAAUACGCAUUUGCUCACCACUCCGUGGAAUUUAAAGAAAAAUUCACUACAUGUGUCGAACUGGAUCGCAGUUGGAUGAAUAUAAUACCUACUGAUUAUGAUAAUCACGCGCCUCCACUUGUUGAUGGUAAACCUGUUACUGUUUAUAUCAAUUUGGAAGUCCUGGAUGUGGAUGAAAUACGAGAGCAGACAAUGGACUUUCGUAUGUUCUUCUAUUUGAAUGCGUACUGGACAGAUCCUAGAUUGAAACUUGAAGUUCUUAAUUUAACACUGUCAAAAAUACUUCCUCCUUCCGCAGAUGACACUCUGUGGGUUCCGGAUUUGAUGUUUGACAACACUAAAUGGGGUCAUCUUUUCCAACAUUCCAUUCCGAAUACUUUCAUUUUAAUAACUAAGGAUCGCAUUCUUCGAAAAACCGCAAGAUAUAGCUUUCGUGUGGCAUGCCCUAUGGAUUUACAUCGUUAUCCUCUUGAUGUUCAAGAUUGCGUAUUUAAAAUUGGUUUGUUAAAAAAUACAGCGGAAAAGGUACUCCUGGAAUGGUGUGAUGUUGACGAUAGUCCAUGUAAUUACAGUUAUCUGUAUGCGAAAUUUAUAUUCAUUCGGCGAUUAACUGGUAGUGUACUCAACGUUUAUUUGCCAAGUACUGUAGUAGUAAUUCUGUCCUGGCUAUCAUUCUGGUUAGAUGUGAAUGCAGUUCCCGCUCGUGUUACACUCGGUGUUACCUCACUUCUUACCAUCAUCACUCAAAUGCUGCAGUCUAGAUCGUACACUCCGCCAGUGGACUAUGUAAAAGCUGUGGAUAUUUGGUUGUUCGCUUGUAUGUUUUUCGUCACAGCUUCGUUGAUAGAAUACGCAUUUGCUCACCACUCCGUGGAAUUUAAAGAAAAAUGUAAUUCCCCACGUCCAGGUAAGAAAAAUGGAAAGUGGGCUGAGAAACGUAAAAAUUCUAAAGAGAAAAUUGAAAAAGUGAAAGGAAAACUUUGUGGUAUUUGGAAAAUUUUCAAGAUUCAAACCACCUUGAAUGCUCCUGAUUAUUAUUCUCGAAUCUUAUUUCCAACGGCUUUUUUAUUCUUCUCUUCCUAUUAUUGGUGGCAUUAUUUAAGUUUCUGCAGAAAAACAUUAAACGAUUGA